AUGCUGAAGCAAAAAUUCCGUCAACUCUAUCACAUCAACUUACGGAAGAUACCUUUGAUAGUCCAUUUUGUAAGAGCAGUCUAUAUUCUCCAUAAUAUUGCUAUCAAGGAUGAGCUUCCAGAUGCUAAUUUAAUAAAGACGAUCAAGGCUGAGAAUGCUGCAGUAGCCAUUGGUGAUGAUAAUGAGGAUAUAGAAGAUGAUGGUAGUGCUGUUGCUAUUAGGGACUACAUUGCAGAUAUAUUAUGA